AUAAAAUUGUAUGCAGACAUGAAAAUGAAUAUCUUACCACCCGAACCACUUUUCACUUUAAUAAAGGAUAUUAAACCUGGAUUAAAAAAUUUAUACGUUAAAUUCAUCGUCUUAGAAAUAGUUGGAAAGCCAAAUAUUACCAAGGAUGGCCAUUCAGUGAAAACUUUUAAGAUAGCAGACAAAACUGGAAGUAUAAAUAUAUCAGUUUGGGAUGAACCUGGAGAGCUUUUACAGGGAGGAGAUAUAGUUAAACUUCAUAAAGGGUAUACUUCUAUUUGGAAGGGUUGCCUGACAUUAUAUGUUGGAAAAGGAGGCGAAAUACUUAAAAUAGGAGAGUUUUGUAUGAUAUUUUCAGAACUUCCCAACAUGAGUGAAUUUCGUCAAGAAUAUAUCAACAUUAAUAAACCGGUUCCAUUGGUAGAAAAUGUUAGUAAUGAUUCAAUGACCACUUCAAUAGGUUAUAAUUUACAUCACCUUUACACGUAUAAUGUUGCGAGUAACACCAAUAUCCUUACAUCGAAUAAUUCGUUAGAAAACCAACAAAUCAUCGAUAACAAUAAUAAUGGCGUGAUUGUUGAAACAUUUAUAUCUUCUAACACGACCCUCACCUCUACAACUCUAAUCAACAUCGGUUCCAAGAAUCUUCUCACAUCAAUUGCAGGAGGAUCUGAUUUGAAGGAUAAUGGGGCCAACGAUAAUUCUGUCAAAAAAAUAGAAACGAAUUCCACUCACAGCAGCAAAGACAGAAUACGCACUAAAAAUGAUUCCUCUAACACUCAAAGGAAGGAGAAUAAUGAUAAACACACGCAUAAAAUUAAGAAGAUUAAAAAGUCCUGAUUCUUGAUCUGAAUAGUGUUAAAAUUAUUUUCUAUUAUGAGUUACAACUUACAAGCUACAGUGACACAAAUGACUGCAAAAAAUUCUAUAGUGAUAAAGUAUUUGGAAUAUGUGUUUUAUUACAAGUUUGUGUGCCGACGAUGACCUUCUUUUUUCUAAAAUUAAUUUUAUAUUAUUUCCAAAAUGCAACGAAUUUCUUAUUGUGAAUAUCAUUUUGUAUUUUUCGUGUCUAUAUAUAGUAAUAUUCGAUUAAAAUA